CUUUUCCCUUUUCACUUUGAGUCCAAGAUGGGAGUUGACAUCAGACACAACAAGGACCGCAAGGUUCACAGGAAGGAGCCCAAAAGUCAGGAUAUUUACCUGAGGCUCUUGGUCAAGUUGUACAGAUUCCUGUCUCGUCGUUCUGAUGCUCCCUUCAACAAGGUUAUUCUGAGGAGACUCUUCAUGAGCAAGACCAACCGCCCACCUCUGGCUCUCUCCCGACUGAUUCGUAAGAUGAAGCUUCCAGGUCGUGAAAACCUGACUGCUGUUGUUGUGGGAACUAUUACUGAUGAUGUCAGGAUUCAGAAUAUCCCUAAACUGAAGGUGUGCGCUCUAAAAGUGACUGACCGCGCUCGCAGCAGGAUCUUGAAGGCUGGUGGACAGAUCAUGACCUUUGAUCAGCUGGCACUUACUUCACCCAGAGGACGGGGCACCGUUCUGUUGUCAGGACCCCGCAAGGGCAGACAGGUGUACAGGCAUUUUGGGAAAGCUCCUGGAACCCCUCACAGCCACACCAAGCCCUAUGUGCGCUCCAAAGGCAGGAAGUUCGAGCGUGCCCGUGGUCGCAGACACUAAGGAUACAAGAAUUUUUCGUAUUCAGUGUUGUAAUCAAAAUAAAGAUUGGGUAAUGUUCAAAA